CAUUUGCGUUCAAACUUACAUGAUAGAACCAAUAAUGGGUGUGCGUGUGUGUGAGUCUGUGUGUGUGUGUGUAUUCAUGAAUGUGAUCAAAGCGACUAAAGGAGUGCUUCCGCCGCAUAUCAAAUGAAGCAUCUCGAUCUGUUCGGUUGUCGUUAACGUGUUUCCGGUGUCUUUGUGGAAAAUUUUCAAUGUUUCGAUCCACGAACCAGUCUCCUCCAUCACGAUAAUCUAAAUGUAGAGUUUUCACACGUUGGUCGAUGGAUCGUACACAACAGCAGCACACACAGAGUAAUGCACCAGCACACACACGAUAACGAUGAUGAUAAUGGGGCAGUUAUAGAAAUCCGCGUAUCAAUCAGUAGUCGCCCGUUGAUGUUCCAAUGUUGUUUUCCGCGCUUGUUCCGCGUUUUUCAAUUGCGUAGAAGAAGAUAACGAGACGACGCCCUCUUCUUUAACGAGCCAGCAAUAGGACAGCAGCUAGUACACUAAAAAUGGGUAUGCUCGUGUAGUAGGAUAAUAAAACACUAUUGGGUCCAGCGGAUGCGCGUCAUCGCCAUCAAAUUGUAAACGUAGUGUUAAGAAAAAAAAGGAAAAAAAAUCAAACUUGAGUCCCUGUCUUGCUGUUGGUUAAACCUGAUGAUACCGGAGACACACUCACGUGGUUCGCUCUCUAAGCAUAACUACGUUUACGAUACGUCGAGAGUCACGUUUGAUAUCUCAUAGACAUAAGCAGCACACUUAGCACAGCGAUGCAGCGAAUCCAAUCCGAUUCCUACAUCAAUUCGUUCCGACGAUAACACGGUUCCGCAACACUCAUCCCCUAUUCCCUAAGAUGGAUUCUUCCGCGACAGGAAACAGACACACACACACGCGAAUAUUAGUGAUAAAACCGCGGGCGCGCGCGUUUGUUUGUAUGUCCCGAGAUUCAGCAUUAACAGCAAAACCUCCUUGAAACCCCUAUCCUCCUCCCGUUUUUGCAUUUAUCGAACCUAGAGGAUUUCAAUCAAUAAACGGACAAUGUAAUCUGGA